AUGGACUAUCCAACACCAACUUUAUCAGAGUUAAAGAAACAAACUGCACUGGGACGAUCAACGAUUGAAAAGGUCAUAGAAGGAUUUCUUUCUUCAUAUCAUAAUGGUUUAACAAAAGACCAUUCUACAAUGAUACCAUCGUACGUUACUCGUCUCCCGAUAGGCAUAGAGACUGGCAGCUGUCUUGCCUUGCAUUUGGGUGGCACGAAUCUAAGAGUGGCAAUGGUAAUAUUGGUAGGUCCUGGUAAAACUGAGUUGGUGCAUAAACAAUAUAAAGUUCCUGACGAAUUAAAAACAGGAACAGCCGAGCAAUUAUUCGAUUGGGUGGCAUUAUCUGUUAAAGAGUUAUUGGAUGAUUUGGGUUAUGAUGAUUUGGAUAUCGAUGAUCUGGCGGAGGAGGAUUAUAACUCUAAAGUAUUAUACACAGGCGUUACUUUUGGUUUUCCAAUAAAAUUCAAAGGGUUAGAAACUCAUGAUUUAGUCGAAUUAUUACAAGCUGCAUUUUUUAGAAAGAAUUUCAGAGUUCGCAUUUCAGCCAUAGUCAAUGAUGCGGUUGGCACGCUUGUGGCAAGUGCUUACAAAGAUCAAAAUACCAUUGUUUCAGUGAUUUUAGAUGCAGGAACUAAUGCUGCAUGUAUUUCUGAAACUUCAUCAAUUUCAAAAAUCAAAUUUCCACCAAGAACACCAGAAUAUAUGAUCGUCAGUACUGAAUGGAGUAUAAUGGGUGCUGAUUUCUUACCUUUUAUAAAGUAUGACAGGAUCCUUGAUCUGCAAAGUAAAAUCCCAGGAUUUCGACCUUUUGAAAAAAUGGUCAGUGGAAUGUAUUUAGGUGAAUUGGCGAGACUAACAAUUGUUGAUUAUGUGAAAACUUUUAAUUUGUUUGGUGGGUUCUUACCAGGAGGGAUGGAAAUACCAUAUAAUUUUUCAAUUACGCAAAUGUCUGAUAUUGAAAGUGACAAAACAGCUGAUUGUUCAGGAAUAUUAAAAGUUUUAUUAAAAGGAUUUAGAUUUCCUGAUGGUAAAAGGCCAAAUAAAGGAGAUAUGAAAAUAGUGACUGAAAUUGUAAAAGCGUAUUCUAGACGUUCGGCUCAACUAUCAGCUAUAGCUGUUGCUUCAUUGAUUAAACUGCAAUGUCCAGAUUUUCCUUCAGUUGAACGAGAUAUCAGAGUAGCAAUUGAUGGAUCAUUGUAUCAUAAAUACUAUAAAUAUUCUAAUCAAAUGAGCAAAUAUUUAAGAGAUCUUCAAGGAAUCCACGUAGAUAAAAGAACCAAAUUAAGUGAAAUUAAAAAUGGUGGAUUCAUCGGUUCUGCAAUAACUGCUAUGAUGUAUUAA